AUGGAUAUUCAACUUGUUUCGAUGACGCGGAUGGAUUUAUACCGAUGGACGUUCCAUGGUGAAUGGAGUGAAGUGGUGACGGCAUACAAAGACAACGCAAUGAUUCACAAGAUGCCCGUCAACAGUGAUAAAGACACGGCGUUGCACGUGGCGGCGAACGAGAACAAUGCUAUCACAGUUAAGCAGCUGGUGGAUGAAAUUAAGCAGACGUCGGGGGCGGUGGAGAGUUUGAAAACAAAGAAUGUUGAAGGUGACACAGCGUUGCAUCGAGCAGCAUCCAUAGGGUCGCUCCAGAUGUGUGAGUGCAUCGUUGAAGCUGAUCACCAUCGUCAUCAAGGACACGUGUUGAUUGAAGAACGGAACAAUAAUGGAGAGACUCCUCUGUUCUUGGCUGCUUUAAAUGGACAUAACGAUGUUUUCUUUUACCUCCAAUCUCGUUGCGCCGACAAGUCUCUUGGGCCAUGCAGAAGAGCAAGCGAUGGCCAGACAGUCCUUCAUUGCACCCUCUACCGAGACUACUUUGAGUUGGCAUUUGAAAUCAUUAAUAUGUACCAAAAAGAAAUUGUGGGUUCUGUGGAUGAAAAGGGAAUUACCCCUCUCCAUAUCCUAGCCGACAAACCUUCUGCCUUCAAAAGCAGCAGCAAUUUUAGAUGGUAUAAUAUGUUGGCAUAUGAGUGUAUAUACGUGAAGCGGUUGAGAAGCACCAACCAUCAGUCAAAAUCCCAGCAGACUGCUCGUCCCCGAAGCACUGCGGAUACAGAAAACCCAAUUGAUUACAACUGUGAACAUGGAAAUGAUGUUCCGAAAAAUUAUCGGACAUGUCGUGACAUUUUCAUGGCAUUCACCUGUUUUAUUAUUUGGUCUGUCUUGGAAGGCUUUGGAUUAGAGGAAAUAAAGACAUUGAGGAAGAAGAAACAAAAGCACCUUUGGUGCGGUCAAAUACUGGAUGGACUUUGGAAGUAUAAAGAUGUAGCAUAUGUUGGAGGUCGUGUCAAAGCCUAUGUGAUACCCAAACCUCGUCGCGAGACCGAUGGCCCAAAAGGUGAUAAUACGAACCAAAAGGGGGAACAAAGUGUUGAUGGCAAACAGAACAAGCAGAAUAUUGCAAUCUAUCUUCCAAUAAUUGCAAUUGCGGGUGAUGCGAAACAAAGCGCAGAUGCUGACAAACAACUUAUCACAGUGGAUCGACACAAACUACAAGAAUUGAUGUUUCAAAACUCCCAAGAGUUGGUCAAAGUUGGAUCUGGAAGCUUGAAUUUAACCAGAUGCUGCCUGAGCCUACGGUGUGAUGAAGAGAAGGAAAAUGAAGGGGGGAGAAAUGAGUCAGUAUUGUUAAUUGCAGCGAAAAAUGGAGUGCUGGAAAUAGUGAAGAAAAUUCUGGAAGAUAAACCAGGGGCCAUCCACGAAACGAACUCGCUAGCCCAAAAUGUAUUGCAUGUGACUGUGGAGAAUAGGCAACCACAUGUAUUUGAGCAUCUGACGAAGUACCUGAAGGAGAAGAUGUUGUGGAAAAGCCACGUGGGACGUGCAGACAAAGACGGCAACACUAUCCUCCACUUGGCCGCCAAGCUCUCGCUUCACAAGCCCUGGCACAUUGCUGGUUCUGCCUUGCAAAUGCAGUGGGAAGUUAAAUGGUUUCUGUUUAUGAAGGAGAAAACGCCGCAACAUAUGCAAUUCCUCCAAAACAAAAGCAACAAGACACCGCAGGACAUUUUCGUAAGUGAUCACAAGGAGCUACUCGACCAAGGCAAUGAGUGGCUGAAGAGCACGUCGGAGUCAUGCUCUGUGGUGGCUGCGCUUAUUGCCGGCGUGGCCUUCGCCACGGCCACCACUUUCCCCGGCGGUACGCAGGAGGAGACCGGCAAACCUUACUUGGAGCGCCACCCAGCUUUCAACUUGUUUGCAUUCACAUCCCUCUUGGCUCUCUUCUGCUCCAUCACCUCUCUCAUCACGUUCCUCUCCAUCCUCACUUCCCGCCAGCAACCUAAAGAUUUCCGCAAAGAUUUGCCUCUCAAACUUCUUUUGGGGUUGAGUUGCCUCUUCGGGUCCAUCGCUUCCGUCUUGGUUUCUUUCUGUUCCGCAUUCUCCUUCUUGCUCAGGGAACACCUCCAGCAGGUUGUUUUCCCACUCUAUGCCGUCACUAUCUUGCCUAUGACUUUCUUUGGCAUUGCUCAGUUACCCCUCUACAUUGAUCUUACGAGAGCUAUUUUCUUCAAGGUCCCCCAGUCCAGUAAUAGAGAAUCUGAGAAGCUUAUUCUCUGAUCAAACUCUUACUACUUUAUCUCCAUCAUAUUAUAUAUAUUCUUCUCACAACUAUUCAUCUCUUUUCUUAUCAACAGCUCCAGCUACUGUUGGAAUAUUAGGAUGUUAUCCAUAAGUCUUUAAUCACCUAAUUAAUUAGUUGGUAUCUCUAAAUCUAUAUAAAGGGGCCACAUCAUUGUGUGUUGAAUUUCACCUUUAGUCAAUGGAUGAGUUGUUGUUUUAAA